AUAAGUCUCUUUGUUCUUAAUUGGUUACAUGUUCUUUCUUAACCCAUGCUUACGGGAAUCAAGAGCAGCAUUUAUUCAUUCUCUCUCAAAGAAGCAGACUCAAAAGAUACCAUUCAAGCUUCACGGAAUUCCAGUAUCAACCGCUUUCCACCCUUCUCUUUCAGUUUUCUUCAUGUCAACAAAGAAAAAUAUCCGUGCCUAUGAUUUGGUGAAACAAAAACUCAUCAAGAAACUUGAAACUCAUUUUCAUGAAGUAUCAUCAGUUGCUAUCCACUCAAGCGGUGACCAUGUCAUUGUUGGAAGUAAAGAAGGGAAACUUGGUUGGUUUGACAUGGACCUUUCAUCUAAGCCUUACAGAGUUCUCAAAUGCCAUCCAAAAGACAUAAACAAGGUUGCCUUCCAUCGUUCCUACCCUUUGUUUGCUUCAUGUUCCGAUGAUUGCACUGCAUAUGUCUUCCAUGGCAUGGUUUAUUCAGAUCUGAACCAAAAUCCCCUUAUUGUUCCUCUAGAGAUUCUCCGAGGACAUACCACUACAAACGGGAGAGGUGUUCUCGACUGUACGUUCCAUCCUAAACAACCUUGGUUAUUUACUGCCGGGAGUGAUUCUGUGAUCAGGCUCUAUUGUGACUAACUGCAUUCUUUCUUCUCGUAAUACUUGUAUGAUUAUGAGCCAAACAACCUUAAUGUCCAUGAAAGUGGACACUGAUCUCUGUUUAUUUGACUUCAAUUGGUCUGCAAUUUUGGUCUUGUUGUCUGUAGUAGUGAUUAGUGAACUGCAAUGGGAAUUUCCUUAUAUGAAAAGUGUAUUAGUUUUAUUCAGGAAUUUGAGGGAAUACAUGAAAUUGAAUCAAACUUUAAAUAAAAU